UCCGGCAGCGAGGCAAAGCGACUGGAAGGCUUCAGAGGAGCGGAGUCAGGAAGCACCUUACUGCUCCCAUCGCAUUACUCUGUCUGGACACUUUGAUCCGAAAAGGUUGAAGGCGAAGCCAUGAAUUCAUAAAAUGAUUGGUGGUAGCGAGACUUUGUGCAGGACGCGGGGUGGGAAAUAAGGAUUAAAAGAAGAAAUAUACGGGCCAGACUCGGAACAGAAGAGACCGAGUGUGAGCGCAGGUUUUCCAUUGUGAUCCUGACAGUGCAAGGACAGUGACACUGACUCGGCUAUUGUCUCUUCAUUGUUUCCGGACAGAGUGAGGCUCCCUGGUUGCCUUUGCUUUCCAAUGUGACUGUAGAAAAGAAAGAAAGCUCAGCUUGUCUGAAAAUUCGUAUUCAGCAUCAAUUCCCUUUGCCAGCCAUAUUUGUAACCCCGAGAACAGCAGUGAAGUCUCAGCACAAUCUCUACCCCCAAGCCAUCCCUCCAUCCUCAACCCCGUCUACUCUAACCCCCUUAUCCCUAUCCCGGUCCCUCAGCCCCUUCCCUCUCUCCAAGACCGGCUUCAGCCUCAGCCUUUGCCCCGCUCAGAGUCCCAGAUAACAGCUCAGAAACAUCCGUUACCCUCCCGCUCCAUACGAGCCUUCUUUCCUCUCCAUCCAGCCCCUGUGGCGCUUGGCACCAAUGCCCAUCACAUAGACAGAUGGAGCCAACCCUGACCCCUCUCCUCGCCCGUGGGGACGCCAAGAGAAUCAAUGCCUGACUAGAGGAGAAGGGGUGUGUGUGAGAGCAUGUGGGGCGAAACAGGAAGUAUUGCUUUAUCACAACAGCAACACACCACCCAGUCUCCCGUUGACUCCCCUUCAGCCCAACUGGAGGCCUUCUGCUAAAAACACAAACAGCAGAAAAUUCAGCAGCAGAACCAGAAGGACCUUGUCGCCAGCCCCCAAAUUGUGCCUAACAUAUUUUUGCUUUGAUUAUUUGGCAGAGAUAUCUUGUCCUGUUAUUGUUUCGAGAAAAGAUGCAAACAUUGGUAACAUUCUAAAUCUUACAAACAUCAUGUAAAAAAAGAGGAAACUACAAGAGUAUUGAAAACACUGAAGGAGGUCUUCUUCCCAGUCGAAAGUGUUUCUCAAGUUUCAUUCUGGGCCCCACACUUCCUCCGGCCUCUGUCAUCUGAAUACAGUACGGUGUCUUCUGCUAAGCUGGAAAAUCAGAUUGGAAGGUCUGUGGACAUUUUGACUCUGCCUUUGACAUUGAAGCUGCAAAGGGGAUUUGGAUCCACCUCUGUAAGAAUGAGCUACAAGGAUUUACCUCCGCACAGGACCUGAACUCUAGAGGCCAGAAGGAAUACAACUACAAUUCACUGAGCUCAGUGAAGUGUUUUAGGAUAUAGUUUUUGUGCAUAUCAUUAAUUUCCUCUGCAGAUAUCCCACCAACUCAAGACACUUCAGACAUUCCGGAUAAUAUUUGAAUGCUGUUUCUUUUUCCAGCUGGUCCUGACACACUAGUGAUGGCUGUUGGUGAGUGAAAUAGGGACUGAAGGUCUGAAGGCUAUAAUCAAGGGGAUUCUAUUGUACCCGUUGUGGUGGCGAUUUUUUCUAUCAGGCUGGGAGUGGCAUCAAGAUGCCUGAACUGGACAAUUUUUCCCCCCUGAGGGGUCAGGGUGGCUCUGAAUUGGAGCUAAAUAGUCCAGCAGACCCACUUCGGAUUCAGCACAGCAUCCUGGACGAGCAGGUGGAGCUGUGGUGGUUCAGAGAUCCUGGGAAGUCUCUGCUCUGCUACUUCGUGGCUGUACUUCUAAUCCUGGGGUGCGGGCUGGGAGGUGUCGGCCUUCUCUCUACCACUACCAGUGUCUCAAGCGAAUGGCGGCUUGGCGCAGGCACGGCCCUCUGCUUACUCGCCCUAGGAGUGCUGCUCAAACAACUGCUCAGCUCGGCCGUGCAGGACAUGAAUUGCAUCCGAAGCCGGCAGAGGAUUAACAUGCUGAAAAGUGGUGGCUUAUCGGACCUCCUUGUGGUAUCGAUUACCGGGAUGUCACUGUUGAUUUGUGGAGGGGUUCUACUACACCUGGCCCUAGCUAAUCACAUGCCGAAGCCUGGUCAAGCUCUUAAUGACAUGUACAUUUCUGGAGUAGUUUUGCUAGCUGGAGGGGGGGCUGCAGUUGUGGGUGUUGGAAUAUACUCUGUUGUGGUCAUCCUGCUUGAGAGGACAAGGCAUGGACAAAGGUUUGUGGACCGGGUCUUGAAUAUCUUCACUGUUUCUGGACACAUGGACCGUCACGCUCGCAGGGAAACAAACUCGAGUCUGGCUAAUCUCAUAUGAGACAUAACCUCACGCUAAGACGAUUUUGCCGCUUUUUCUCUUCUUAUCAGAACAUUUAGCACCAACUAAAUCAGAGCAGACUUGCUCAAAUAUUACAAGACAUCUAAUCAAAACAAGAUUCAUCCCUUAGAUGCUUCAGCUUUGUCACUAGCCGAUAAGACUGUAUAUGAGGCAAUAUAGGUUUUACUUUUUGAUACAUAUUGGUAAAAAGUUUGCAAUAAGCAAUCAAAUCUCAUUCACAGAGCCAGAGAAAGGAUUGAGGGAUAACACACAGAAUAAUGACUGCAUGGCUAUGCUCGAUGUGAAGCUGGAAAUCUCCCAAUUCAGAUGAUUUUUCUCAACUUGUGUUGAGGUUCACAUUUAGAUGUUUUGAGAUGUAUUUAUCAUGUGAGUCUGACAUUCUAAAUCAGCAAUGUAUUCAUGUUCUGUAAAAACUCCACUCACUUAGGACAAAUGCCAACAUGUUGGAAAACAUGGAAAAUAAGUUUUAAAAAACGUAAAAACAAUCAUUGAUAUUUGACGUGAUAUUUAGGGAUAUUCAGUCAAAUGAAAAGCACAUACAAACACAUUUAAGGGAGAAUUGCUGGUUCACAAACAGAAAAGAAGUCUGUUGAUGUUAUUGUUAUCUGGUUUGUUCAGCAGUCUGAAAUUGAAAACGAAGGCAUGUGGUGUGACUGUAGACUUCAAUGUAAUGGGUCAUUUGGUUUGGAUAAGCUUUUCUCCCCAAAUGGUGUCCAUACAAAAAGUUCUAAGACUACAAAGAUAAAGCUAAGGGCACUUUUUCAAAGUUGACUCAAGGAAAUGGUUGAAGGUUCAUAUACAAAUUGAACUAAUGCACAUUUAAUAUUCUGUAUGCUAUACACAUGUAUUUGUUCAAGACAUUUUCUUUUGCACACACCCAAACACUAUCACCUCAAUUAUUGUAUGAUAAUAGAUAACAGCAGCAGCUGAAAGCUAAAAUAAAACUGGAAUAUUCAGAAUGAGUGAGUAUUUAUAUAUAUAUAUAUAUAUAUAUAUAUAUAAAGAAAUCUAAAAUAUAUUUAAAUAUAUAAUUAUUCUUUGUGACUUUGGCACCAACCAAUUACUCCGAUAUAUAUGAAAAUAUUCAGCUGACAAAUUUGAAUUAUCUGAGGAUGGUGAAUCUGUCAGUGAGGCUCAAGUUUAAUUAUCAUUAGACAUAAUACAUGCUUAUUUGUCUGCCUUUAACCUACACAAGAACAUGAUUGUAUUAUAACAUAUCACAGCACUUAAGAAUGUAUGGAUUAUUUAUGUUUUUUGUAUUAAA